GGCUAGCGUUGCAACACGCCAGCGUCCGCCAACGUGUUGUGGCGGGGCAAAUUUUAAGUAUAUUCCGAAAAAAUCAUUAUUCCUUUUAGUUUUUAGCUUGUCAUCUCCGAUUCGUACAGAAUUUUGGUUUCUAGUUGUUCGGGGCCACUACUGAUUCUUCAAGAAAACAAGAAUUUUAAGAUUUGUAGAUGAAAGUAUUCUUACAGUGAACAAAUUGGAAGGUGGUAUAAUAGUAGCACUUUUGUAUCCGUCUGAAACAGCUUGGAGUCUUCGAGAUUUUGAAUUGGAAAUGCAAAAUGCAAUUAACGGUUGUUCCUCAUGAAGAAACUGUCUUCACUAUCCAGAAGAGUUGCCUCUCUCAAUGGACUACCUUUGGAGAACAGCAUCCAGAAAACUCCUCAAAUGAUGGAAAAUUUGCUUUGGUACAAAUUUCAGAAAAUGCAUAUUGUGUGUGCAAAUUAUUUUUCCAGAGAGAAAUUCACCCAUCCUAUGUCUAUUUAGACUCAAGUGUGGUCCAUUUCAAAAGCAGUGGAAAUAAUGGCAUGCCUAAUGUAUCUUUGGCUAUCAAUAAUGGUUUUGUACAAGACAGCAGGAUAGAAAUCCUGCCACAAGUAGUCUCUUUAAAAAAGUUAAGCCUUACUGUCAUUGUGGAAAAUAUAUCAGACAUCCCACGAUGGAGAAAAGAGAGGGAGAAAUUGGAGGCAGUUGUGUCUGAAAUAUUAAAAUUGUAUGUGAUUACCAGAGACUGCGUUGUAUUUCUGAGGAAUUUGAAAGAUGGUCUGAGACAUGGAAUCUAUGGCUUGGUCAUCCAUUCUUGUUUCCAUUCCACUAAAGAUUUGAUUCCUGGACAAGUAACUUCACAAUGUGAAGUACAAAUUCUUAUGGUAUGUAGUAAAUUGAGAUAUGAACAAUACCUAGAACAUGCAUCAGUUCAAAAAAUGGGUGGACUAGAAGACACAGCAGCUGCUUUGAAGGAUAUAAUUGAUAUGAAUCUAAGCUACAAGAGUGAUGUCAGCAAAUUUCCAUUGAAACCAACUAGACAGGUUCUUCUGACUGGUCCUCCUGGUUGUGGCAAAACAUCGUUGGUUAAACAAAUUGCAUCAGAGUGCGGUGCCACCUUACUAACAGUUUUAGGGUCCGAAACAACUAGUUCUAGGCCUGGUGCUUCUGAGGAAGCUUUGAAAAAAAUAUUCAAUGAUGCUGCAAUUUUAGCUGGAGAGCAUGAAACCGGUUUAUGCAUACUUUUGCUAGAUGAAGUGGAUGCUCUGUGCUCGCGUAGAGACUUUUCUAAAACUUCAUCUCAAUCAGUGAGAAGUACAGUUCAGUUCCUCUCUCUGCUUGAGCAAGCAGACUCAACACCAGGGCUGGUUGUUAUUGCAACUACAAACAAAGUUAAUAGCCUUGAUCCAUCAGUUCGACGGCCAGGAAGAUUAGAAACUGAGAUUUUCAUCAAUGUGCCAUCUCAGCACCAAAGAGAAAGUAUUGUGAGAGUAAUCCUGAGUACUACACUGCUGAAGACUGUUGACAUUGACCCAAUUGCAAAAUAUGUUGCUUCAAUCACCCCUGGAUAUGUUGGAGCUGAUUUAGCCCUUGUUUUUCAAGAGGUGUCACUUGAAAAUUAUCGCAGAAGCUGUAAUCAGACUUCUGAAACUUGUCAGGAAAUCCCAUCUCUAAGGUGGUGCUCUAGUUUCAAACGAGCUGUCUCUAAAAUAAAACCAUCAGCUUUGCGUAGUGGGCUGGGAGUAGUGCUAACAACACCAACUAGCAUGGAUGGUAUUGGAGGUCUUCAAACAGUUAAAAAUGAAUUAAGAGUUGCCAUUGAGUGGCCAUUAACUCAUCCCGAUGCAUUUGCUAGGAUGGGACUCCCACACCCUAAAGGAAUUCUUCUCUAUGGUCCCCCUGGUUGUGCAAAGACCAGUAUAGCCAAAGCGCUAGCAUCUGCUACAAAUACCACGUUUCUUUCUGUGUCUGCUGCUGAUUUGUUUUCGCCCUAUGUUGGUGAAGCGGAAAGAACAGUAUCUGAACUAUUCCAUCGUGCCCGUACUGGCGCUCCCUCAAUUCUUUUCAUUGAUGAACUUGAUGCUUUGGUUGGUUGUCGUGGAGAUAAAGAAACAGGGGCCCAAGAACGCGUGCUUUCAGCUUUUUUAACAGAAAUUGAUGGUGUAGGAGUAAAAUUGGAGGGGCCCUCCGCAGGGUGUGAUGAAAAGAUGCUUUUAGAGGCUAGCCCUGUUUGCAGUUUAGGGGAACAAAAUGAGGAGUCACAACUUAAAAAGAAAGUCAAUAAUGUGGGAGUCAUCAUCAUUGCUGCAACUAAUCGACCAGACAUGAUUGACAGUGCUCUUUUGAGACCAGGUCGAUUUGACAAAUUACUUUAUGUUCCUGCUCCAAAUGCUAAUCAAAGACUUGAAAUUUUGCAGUGUGUCACAAGAAAUAUGCCAGUAGACAAUGACGUAGAUCUAAGACACAUUGCUGAAAACACUCCUUUAUAUUCUGGAGCUGACCUAUCAAAUUUGUGCAAAGAGGCUGCUCUUUGUGCGCUCUCUAUGGAUGGAAUGUCAGUCACAAAACUGAAUCUAAAUCACUUUCAAACUGCUCUCCAAAGAACCCGACCAUCUCUCACUAAGGACCAAAUUAUGUGGUACGAAGAAUUUAAUAAAAAAAAUUGAAUGUUCCAAUAUGAAUUUGAUAAUAAUUCUGUGACUGAACUUUUCUAUUUGCUUUUAUUAAGUUUUACAAUUUAAAAAAAUAAAUUUUGAUAUACUUAUAAAAUA